UAAACACACAGCGGGGAUAAAACAACCGGGGAAGAAAAGGGCUAACGGAGACCGCAAACAACGUGCUGUCCUCAAGGUGACAGCAGGGAGAUACAUUUCCACGCACAAAUCAAAACAGAAGGUCUGGGAAAAAGACAUCAGUAGCUCUAAAAAGGAACCAGCCAACAAAAAGAAACUUCACAGCAUACUUCGCACCUGAGAACAGUUUUUUUACAAACUGUGCACGGCUUCCCCUACACAGUUGCUAUUUUUCCUAUUUGAUUGUCUUCACAUCGGACUAAAGACAUGAUGAUCCUACCAUUAAGCAUACUUCUGCUGACAGCCAUUUUGUCUGUCUCAGCGACAUCUCAUGGCGCUCAAACACAACAAAGAUAUGGUAUCAGAGCAGGUCGGUUGACAGAUCCCCGUCCUAGGCGUUCCGUAAGAAACGUCCUGGCGCCCGCUGUGGGAUUUCCCGGAGACCAAGAAUACGGUGGCCGAUUUGCGCCAUUAGACAAACGCCCUUUCGGAAGCUUGUUUAACAUGAAGGGGCUGGGAAAACGAAGCGAACUGCAAGAAGAAGAGAGUGAAAUCAUCCCAGAAGAGGAUAGCGCCCUUCCGUCCAAUAUUUAUCAGAAUAUUUUUGACGACGGAUUUAAACUCGGACACAAGGAGAACUAUGAACCCCUGUUCGGCCAUCGCGCCGAUGUCGACGAGCGAGAGUACGAGGAUGAAAUAAGCAAGGAGGAAAAGAGGCAGUAUGGAAAUAUCUUAGGAGGCGGGUAUAAAUUCGGGAAAAGAGGAUACGGUGGCGUCCUCGGCGGAGGAUACAAGUUCGGUAAACGCGGGUUCGGAGGAGUCUUGGGAGGUGGAUACAAGUUCGGCAAACGCGGGUUCGGAGGAGUGUUGGGCGGGGGAUACAAGUUCGGCAAACGCAGUGACGAGAGAGAACAAGCGGAGCCCAUCUCUGCCAGAAAUGAGGGUCUGGAAAUGGCAAAACGCCCCUGGGGAAAUCUCUUCAACAAAGGGUUUAAUUUUGGCAAAAGGGAUAAUUCCGCGAACGCCCUCAGCACUAUCUACCGGGCAAUUCUAUCCAGCAAUUUGGGCAAUGGUAGAAACAAGGCCGGAUUCCAAGAUGACGGACGUGUGAUGAAGGGUGCUAUAUCAAUGGCUAAGCGACUCUUCGGCAAUGUACUGGGUGGAGGUUACAAAUUGGGUUGAACAAUUUCAAGCGAUUUCUUUCAAGCAAUUUAAAAGGCGGAGCUAACGAUUUUCAAACACUUGUGUGAUAUUUACCAUUUACUACUUAAGAUGAUAAAAGCUUCUGUGAGAUUUUCCAAAUAAAGGUUAAAAAAUAUACGAACAUAACGUUUAUUAUUUCCUUCGGAAAUUGAGGCUACUGAAAAAAUUUUUUAAAAAUCUCCACGCAUACAUCACGACGAGAUUCGUACAUUGUUCCCUCAUCCUGACGGUCUAUCAUUGUCCCUUUGUUGUCAAAAUGGUUGUGUUAUUGGCUGUCAUUAUUAAAACAUAAUUUAUUGUAUUUAUCUAGU